AUGGAAGGAGAGGAAACGCCAAAUGAUCCUCAUGACAUACUUGGAACAGUGCAAAAGGGAAAUGUUGAGGACCUGAAAAAUUUAUACUCCAAAUUGCCGGAAAUAUUCAGCCGUUCCAACGAUAAUGGGGACUUUAUUGCACACAUGGCCGCCAAACAUGGACGCAGUGAUAUUCUACAGUGGUUGAAUUCCAUCAAGUGCAAAUUUAAUGACGAAUUUAAUACGGCUGGCUUCCUUCCUAUUCAUGUGGCUGUACUUCACGGGAACUUGGAUUGUGUCUUGGCUCUAAAAAUGGGUGGAGCGAAUAUGGACGCAAUCUCAGAGUCUGAUGAGCUUACUCCUCUACAUUUAGCCUGCCGUAAUGGAAAUGUCUCUAUAAUAAACGUUUUGGCGAAUGCAAAUGCCAACCUUUUGGCAAAAGAUGCAUAUGGUAACAAACCAAUUGACAUCGCAGUCAAUUAUGGACAGGCAAAGGCGGCAGAAAUCUUAGCCAAAAAGAUGGGAAUCGCUACGCCUGAAGUUGUUGCACUGGACAAUGAUCCAACCUGCAAGAGGAUAACUGAAGAGCAAAAAAAGCAAAACUUGAAAAAAUUGAAACAAAGGAUUCGCGACACGUCAACGGAGGGCACCUAA